CCAAACUGGCAUGUAGAAACAUUUAUGGUGACAACAAAGCCAUGGAGAGAGAAAAGAGGAAUGACAUGUCCUUCUCUAGGAAGAGAAGUUUUACUUUUGGGGCAUAUGGCGGUGUGGACAAAUUCACCUGUGGGGAUGAGACAAGACCUGAAUCUGUGGAGGGAAACAUUCUGGAGGCUCUGCAUUCUCCAACCACUGGAAGCAAGCCUUUCAUAUCCUCCACCAACAAUCAAAGGGAUGCAGAACUGUUUGAAAUCAUAAUGAAGCUGCAGGGCAGCAGGAUCGAUGAGCAGAGAUGCGAGUUCCCGCUUCCUCUGAAGUCUCAGCUUUUGAAAAUAGGUGCAGAUCUGCCUCUCAUUCUUCCCUCCAAACUGGGAGGCUACUGGAUUGACCCACCUCUGGAAAAGCUCAGAGAUGUGAGUCCCACCUCGUCCCACCAUGGUCUCGAUCCAGAGAGCUACGACAUCAUGGAGAGAGAUGGCGAGGCCAAAAUCUACCAUGAGUUUUUUCGCUCUCGAUACCACCAUUCAUUCAUAGCUGUGGAUCCAUCGCUGGGGCCUUUGGUUCUCUCUGUAUGUUUGGAGGAGGAAGAGAAUAAACUUCGGGUGAUUUUAAGGAUGAAGGAAUGUUCCCUGCAUGGCACUUUCUCUUUGUCCCUUUUCAACAACAUGCCAUCAGCUGUAGAGUUAGCAAAGAGGCUGUGUGAUAAAGUGACGGUCUCCAAGUUUGAAGUGGUCAGCUACCUCAAGGCUCCAGACCUAAUAACAGCCUUUGAUGAGCACAGAGUCUCCUCUAAUUUUAAGUUUGGUGUUCUGUACCAAAAGGAGGGGCAGUUCACAGAAGAGGACAUACUGAGUAACAAUGAGGAAAGUGAGAAGUUUAGAGAGUUCCUGUCCAUUCUGGGAGACGUUGUUCAGCUGCAGGGAUUCACAGGCUUCAGAGGAGGACUGGACGUGUGUCACGGCCAGACGGGAAAUGAAGCAGUCUUCACUUCCUUCAACGGGAGAGAAAUCAUGUUCCAUGUUGCAACCAAGCUGCCUUAUACAGAGGCUGACCCUCAGCAGUUACAGAGAAAAAGGCACAUCGGUAAUGACAUUGUAGCUCUGGUUUAUCAGGACGGACAAACACCUUUUUUGUGUGACGUCAUAAAGUCUCACUUCCUUCACUGCUUUGUUGUGGUGCGGAGAGUUCAGAGGGAGGAGAAGGCAGGUGGAGCUGCUUACCAGGUGUCUGUUACAGCCAGAGAGGAUGUGCCUCCUUUUGGACCCGUCAUCCCUGAUCCUCCACUUUUCACAGAUCCUUUACAGCUGAGGGAAUUCCUUCUCACCAAACUUAUCAACGCAGAGAUCUCCUGCUAUAAGGCUGAGCAGUUCAGCAGGCUGGAGCUGCGUACACGCUCAUCGCUCCUGGAGAGCUUGCAUAAUGAACUCUUCAGUCGUUCCCGCUGCAUGAUGGGGGAUCCAUCAAUCGCUGCCGCCCCUCCUUCUGAGAACACACGGGGCGCCUCUGAAGGAAGCGGAGGUUUUAUUGAGAAUUUCAAGCGAGCCAUCAGAGUACGAAGCCAUUCGUUUGAGACCCUGGGAGUUCCCAGGAAGAAUGCUGGUAAUUCAUCACAAAAGCCGAAGGUAGACAAAGAUGCAGAGAGUGACAGCUCUGGAACAGCUGAACUCAAAGAUCAAGCAAGUCCUCAGGAGGAGACAUAGAGAAUACUACUACUUGAAGAUCUAAGAUCCAGAUUAUUAUUUUAAGACUAGAUUUUUACCUUUGUCAUAUAUUUAUUUUAUGCUUGUG